AUGCGUUUUCUGUUAAUUCACUGCCGAACAUAUUGCUCAAAUGUUACGAUUUCAGAGAAUCUUCAUAUUGCACGGUAUGGCCGCCUUGGCCAAAUUCACAAUGCUCGCCAAGUAUUCGAUGGUUUACGGGAAAAAAACAUCGUGUCUUGGAACUCCAUGGUUGCAUGUUAUUUCCAAAACAACCAACCCAAUGAAGCCCGGAAUCUGUUCGAACAAAUGCCUGAAAGAAGCACUGUUUCUUGGAACGGUUUGAUUUCUGGAUAUGUCAAGAAUAGGAUGGUAAAGGAAGCCCGAGAAGUGUUCGACAAAAUGCCUCACAGAAACGUUAUUUCCUGGACUGCAAUGAUUAGAGGAUAUAUACAAGAAGGUUUAGUUUCUGAGGCUGAAACACUUUUCUUGAAGAUGCCCGAAAGGAACGUCGUGUCUUACACAGUGAUGUUCGGUGGCAUUAUUCAAGAUAAUCAAAUCGACAAAGCUCGUGAACUUUUCAACACCAUGCCAGUGAAAGAUGUGGUUGCUUGGACAAGCAUGGUUGGUGGGUAUUGUCAAACAGGUCGUUUAGCUGAAGCACGCCAACUGUUCGAUGAAAUGCCUGAAAAAAACGUAUUCUCUUGGACCACAAUGAUUUCAGGGUAUGUCCAAAACAACCAUGUAGAUAUUGCUAGAAAACUCUUUGAAGUAAUGCCCAACAAAAACGAGGUCUCAUGGACUGCAAUGCUUAAUGGCUACACACAGUGUGGAAGAAUGAACGAAGCCAUGGAGCUUUUCAAUGCCAUGCCUUACAAAUCUGUAGUUUCAUGUAACGCCAUGAUAUUAGGGUUUAGCCAGAAUGGGGAUGUAGAUAAAGCAAGAAACAUAUUUGAUCAAACAAUAGAAAAGGAUAAUGCAACAUGGAGUACAAUGAUAAAGACUUAUGAAAGACACGGGUUUGAAUUAGAAGCAUUAAGAUUAUUCACAUCAAUGCAAACUCAAGGAGUUAAACCGAAUUUCCCUUCUUUGAUUAGCAUCCUUUCUGUUUGUUCUAAUCUUGCGAAUCUUGAUCAUGGUAGACAAAUUCAUUCUCAAUUGGUUAAAAAUUUGUGUGACACCGAUGUAUAUGUUAACUCAGUUUUGAUCACAAUGUAUGUAAAAUGUGGAAAUCUUGUAAAGGCCAAGAUUGUAUUCGAUAAAUCUCCCAACAAAGACAUUGUGAUGUGGAAUUCCAUGAUUACAGGGUAUUCACAACAUGGAUUAGGAGAAGAAAGUUUGAAACUUUUUGAUAAAUUAUGUUCUUUAAGCAUAUCACCAGAUGAUGUUACUUUCAUAGGAGUUCUUUCAUCUUGUAGUUACACAGGAAAUAUUGACAAAGGUGUUGAAAUAUUUAACUCCAUGAAAUUAAAACAUUCAAUCGACCCAAAAACCGAACACUAUGCAUGCAUGGUGGAUUUACUUGGAAGAAAUGGUAGGUUAGAUGAAGCAAUGAGCUUAAUCAAGAACAUGCCUAUGGACCCUGAUGCUAUCAUAUGGGGUUCUUUAAUGGGUUCUUGUCGAAUUCAUAUGAAUCUUGAAAUGGCUGAAAUUGCAGCUAAGAAAGUUAUAGAGCUUGAGCCAACAAAUUCGGGUCCUUAUAUCUUGUUAUCAAACAUAUAUGCUUCAAAGAAAAAAUGGUGUGAAGUUGCGGAUGUUAGAAAAAGGAUGAGAUUAGAGAAGGUGAAGAAAUCGCCUGGUUGUUCAUGGAUAGUUAUUGAGAAACAAGUUCAUAUGUUUAGAGGGGGUGAAAGUGAAAAUAGUAGUCACGUUGAGUAUGAUUUGAUUAUACAAAUGUUGGAGUAUUUAAUGGGGUUGAUAAGAGAAGCUGGAUAUUGUCCUGAUGGGAGAUUUGUAUUGCAUGAUGUUGAUGAAGAAGAAAAGGUGCAUAGUUUAGGGUAUCAUAGUGAGAAACUUGCUGUUGCUUAUGGGAUUUUGAAGGUGCCAAAAGGGAUAGUGAUUAGGGUUAUGAAGAAUCUUAGGGUUUGUGGAGAUUGUCAUUCUGCUAUUAAGUUGAUAUCGAAAGUUGUGAGUAGGGAGAUUGUGUUAAGAGAUGCAAAUAGGUUUCAUCAUUUCAAAGAUGGGGUUUGUUCUUGUAGGGAUUAUUGGUGA